ACCUAUCUGCAAUGGCUGUGAGUUCAGAAAUUAGUUUGUGGUUUACAACAACGUCGACAGUGUUGGCACUGUCAGUGGUUUUAGGUGUAUUGCUCCCCCUGAUUAUAUUGUGGCAGAAUAGACAACGAAAACAUCACAGCCGGUCUCGUUCUGAUGUUCAUGCAAAUGUGAAGUUAUGCAAUGACUUUUCGAGAGUUGAAGAAAUAAAGAAACGUUCUGUUAGAAUCAUCUAUGCUACACAGACAGGAACUGCCAAGAGUUUGGCUGAGCAUCUGUGUGAAGUCUUUCAAGGACAUAAUUGGUCAGUGGAAAUUUUUAGAAUUAGUGAUUAUGAUCCAGAAGAUUGCUUACCAGCAGAGGUACACGGUGAUCACUUAUGUUUGUUUAUCGUGGCUACCUACACUGAUGGCCAAUCAACUGAUGAUGCUUCCUGGUUUUGUAAAUGGCUAGGAGAAGCGGUUGCAGAUUUUCGUAUGCAUAAGUCUUUGCUGGAUGGAAUGCAUUAUGCUGUGUUUGGUUUGGGUAACUCGUUGUAUGAAAGCAAUUACAACAAAGUUGCUAAGAACUUAGAUGAAUGGUUCAGUGUGCUUUCUGCCAAGAGAGUUGUGGCAUUGGGUCUUGGUGAUAACAAUGUGGCAUCCAGUGUUCACGGAGGUGUUGAGCAAGACUUUGCAGCUUGGAAGGACAAACUGCUGUCAGCAUUGUUAGUAUCUGGAAGUGAGCAAUGGAGAAAUGUUACUACUAUUAGUUUGAAUGAGCACAAGAAACAAAGCAAGGAUGUACACGAGGCUAUUGGCGAUGUGGUAGAUGAAUGCAAUGACGAAGAUGCUGAAGGUGAUCAGAAUGACUCCAUAGAAGCACUGGUGGACUUGGAAGAUAUGGGAAAUGUAAUGGAUGAGAUGAAGAGAAACAAGGCAACUGAUGAAGAAGGACAAGAGAGUAGUGGUGAGAACUCAGUUAGUGUUCGGGAAAUGAUCACACCGGCUCUACGGCAAAGUCUUGGCAAACAAGGAUAUAGGCUCAUUGGAUCUCACUCGGGAGUAAAAAUGUGCAGAUGGACUAAGUCUAUGUUGCGAGGACGUGGGGGUUGUUACAAGCAUACUUUUUAUGGGAUCGAAAGUCACAGAUGUAUGGAAACUACACCUAGUCUUGCAUGUGCCAACAAAUGUGUUUUUUGUUGGCGGCAUCAUACUAAUCCUGUGGGCACGGAGUGGCGUUGGAAGAUGGACAGUCCAGAAGCAAUACUUCAUGGAGCAUUAAAUAACCACUACCAAAUGAUCAAGCAGUUUAGAGGAGUUCCUGGAGUGAAGAAGGAUCGAUUUGAUGAAGGAAUGAUAGUAAAACACUGUGCUCUGUCAUUGGUUGGUGAACCUAUUAUGUAUCCAAGAAUAAAUGAGCUUGUGUCAUUGCUUCAUAGCAAGCAUAUAUCUACAUUCUUGGUUACCAAUGCUCAGUUUCCAGAUUCCAUAAAGAAUUUAUGCCCUGUCACUCAACUGUAUGUUAGUGUUGAUGCUAGUACAAAGGAUAGUCUCAAACGGAUUGACAGACCACUUUUCAGAGAUUUCUGGGACAGAUUUCUUGAUAGUUUGUCUGCUUUGAAGGAGAAGGGUCAAAGGACAGUGUAUCGUUUGACUUUGGUUAAAGCAUGGAACACUGAAGAGUUGGAAGCUUAUGCUGAACUUAUCUUUCGUGGUAUGCCAGAUUUUAUAGAAGUGAAGGGUGUCACUUAUUGUGGAGACUCUAAAGCAUCUUCCCUCACUAUGAAGAAUGUUCCAUGGCAUCAAGAGGUAGUAUCUUUUGUCCAGAAGCUUGCCGAUUUGUUACCUGACUACGAGAUCGCUUGUGAACAUGAGCACUCUAACUGUGUUUUGAUAGCUCACAAAAGGCUCUUUAUUGAAGGACAAUGGCACACAUGGAUAGAUUAUUCCAAGUUUCACAAAUUGCUAAGUGAGUAUGAGAUGUCUGGAGGGAAGAAACCGUUUAGCACAACUGACUACAUGGCCAAGACACCUCAAUGGGCACUGUUUGGUGAUCCUCAUCAUGGAUUUGAUCCAUUAGAAACAAGAUGGCAAAGGAAACAAAAGGAAAAGGAUACUUCAGUGCAGUGACAGUUGCACUGGUAACUGGAAACUGGACUUGCUGUUUGUUCUAAAUCACCUCAUCAUAAUUACCAUGGUGACAAUUGAUUGAAGCUACAGUCCUCAUAAUAGUGUAUGAUCUUACAACCAAAUCUAACAAGAAGAGACUUACUGCAGCACGUUUCUCUUGGCAGUUUAUGCUUCUUAGCAUAUCUAUUACUUGCAUACAAUGAUCAUAUACACUUGGUUAGGGAGCAUUAACAAGCACACAAGAAUUUGUUAAGUUUGCAUUAGCUAAUGAUGAUAUGGAAAUGUGGCUUUGAUAUCAGGUUGUUUUUUCUAAGAAACAAUUGCUGUCUUGCACACAAAGCCAAGGAGGAGGCCAUAAAUACAGAUAGUGCUCUAAAUGGAUGGUAUGAACUAAAA